UUCUAUCAUUUAUGGCUCCCCCAAAUAACCCAAUAGUACCAAAACUUAGCCUUACUAGAGCUGAUUCUUUAGACCAAUAUUUCAGCUUAUCUGAUGAUGGAAAAUUCAGUGUAAAAGGUGUAACCUUGCUGUCUGAAAUCCCUAGCAAUGUCUCCUUCACUGAGUUCAACAUAAUCUGUAACUACUCUGAAUCAGAUGCUCCUUUUCCUCUCCUUCAACGUGUACAAUCCACCUCUCAUCGAGGCGGGUUCUUCGGGUUUGAAGUCGAAGAACCCGCUGAUAGGGUGAUAAACUCCCUAGGAAAAUUUCAUGACAGAAAUUUCCUAAGCAUAUUUAGGUUCAAGACAUGGUGGUCUACUCAAUGGGUAGGAAAAUGUGGGUCUGAUUUACAAAUGGAGACUUAAUGGGUGUUGCUCGAAAUACCCGAGGUUAAGACAUUU